AUGAGUGUCAAUAUAUUUCAAUAAACAGUUGAAGAAAUAAUAUUAAGAAUAUUAGAGCCAAAUAAUGAUAAUAGAAUAUAAUCCAAUUAGUAUUUUUAGGAGAAAGGUGGGAUUAUAUAAGUGAAAGUAUAUGAUUAAUAUACCAAUAGUUUAUGUGGUUUUCAUUCAUUAUUUAAUGCUUUUUAUAUGAUUGAUUAUUUGACUAAAGAUAAAAACGAAUAAUCUUUGGUAUCCAUAAAUCAACCUGCCAAUUUUUGGAGGUUUUACUACUCAACUUAUCGCUUUUUGCUUGAUCAAUAUCCUAACAAGCAAGAUUUAAAAUAUUUAGAUAAUUUAGGGCCAUUGGAGAGAAGUCAUUUAGAAUUUUUCAUUGAGAAAAGUGAAUUGGUUCUUGAGAAAAAGCAUUAAUGUAGUCAAAAAAAUAUGGAUUUGAUACUUUUUCCUUUUUAUUAUGGAUUUGGAAUUGUUUAGCUAAGUGAAGACUAAGUUGAUUAAUUUAAUUAGAUUGUCAAUUUAUUCAAUUAGUCCCAGAAAGAUACCUUAGUGAUAGUAUUUACUGGAACUACUAAUCACUGGAUAACUUAUAUUGCCUAUAAAGAUUUUUUUAAAAACGAAAAAAAAUUCUACUUUUUAGAUUCUGCAAAUUUAUCUUUAAAUGAUUUGCUGGAUGAAAAUAUAGAUGCCCUUCUUUUGGAAAUAGAAACUAAAUAAAAAAAUAGAGGUGUUGAAGAAAAGACGGAUAGCAGAGAAAGUAGUCUGCACACAACUAUAACUUCAUUAAAAGAUAGAAAAACUGUUUUAAAUUUACUGAAUAAUUGCUUUUUAGAAAAAGUAAGGCUUGAAGUUUGUAUGAUUGAAAAUCAAUUCAAAGAAAUGUUCGUUACUUUUACAGAGUAUUUUCCGAACUGGAGAGAAUAACUAGAAAUACCUCUCGUUAAUGAGCCGUCAUAAAAAUUGGAGAAUCAAUUAAAAAUAGAGAUAUUAGUUACGUUUAUUAAAUACGAAUACAGACCUUAAGUCAUUGAGCAUGAUAUAUUAAAGGUUAUGAAGAAAUAUAGCCACGAUUUCUAUAAAUAUUUUGAUAAAGAUUUUGGAAAGUUGAUAAUAUAAUGGAUAGACCUUAAUCAAAUAACAUUAUAAAAUAUAAAGAAUGAGAUCAAAGAAGAUUAGGAGAUAGUCAAUAUGAUAGAUAAAUAUAUUUGUGUCAUAUAAGAAAUAAAAAUUCUUUUACAAUAAUUUUGUUGA